CUGGAACGCACGCUGAUUGGUUCCGCUCCGUGACGUGAGCGGUGGGUGUGUACCGGCGUCACUGACCGCCAUGUUUGUUGACAGAAAAGUGGAGUAGAUGAAGGAGACACCCGGUGAUGUCUUCUCCAGAAAUCGCUUCCUUAUCCUGGGGACACAUGGAGGUCAAAGGUUGUUCCGCGUCCUAUAAAGACUGUAAAGUCUGGCCGGGUGGCAGCCGAGCAUGGGACUGGCGUGAAACUGGCACAUGUCAUUAUCCUGGUGUUCAACCAGCUGAUCUGGAUGAGAUUCUCAGAGAAGGGGUGCAGACGCUGGUUAUAGGACGAGGGAUGAAUGAAGCCUUACAGGUGCCUCCUUCCACCCUCGAAUAUGUGAAGGAACAGGGUGUGGACGUCCGGGUGUUCCAGACCGAGCAGGCUGUUAAAGAAUAUAACGCUUUGGUGGGACGGGGGGCUAAAGUGGGAGGGGUCUUCCACUCCACCUGCUGAUGAUGUCAUUAACACAGCUUAAAUCAAAUUUGUUUAUAAGUGCCUAAAGAUUUAGAUGAACUCAGUUUUCAUAUUAAAAUGUAUUUAAAUGAAAAUGCAGUUUAAUGUGAAUUGGCCUGUGGAGGAUAGAGUUUUGUUUAAUGGAAAUGUUAUUUGCUUUAUAAUCAUUAAAGGUGAUGUCAUUUGUUGUUGGAAUCCCAGUUUAGCGUGUACAGACUGAUAUACAUAAGCCAUGAAACACUGUGGCUGUGUUGUUCAAAACAUCGCUGGUCUGACUUAUGACAUAUGAGGGCCGGGUAAGAGGAGGGUUUGGAUAAACACAAACAGUUUAAA